ACAGGGCGAGCUGCAGUAUACGCAAUCAAUCAGCACCUAUCUCGCUGUCAUAAUGGGCGCUGAAAACUCCAAACCUGCCGCCGUCACUUCUCAGCACGUCUUCUCUGCAGACGCUCCUGUCCGCUUUUCUAGUGGAUUAGUAGAUUCCUUACAAAACAACACACAGACGGAUUCCACCCGCUCAAAACAACAAGAACUCGCAUACCAGCAACGCCUGACCGACGAACUCGAGAAACUCCGCGAAAAGGAAGCGCAGAAUCUUUCGGAAUUGUCCAAAAAUCUCUCUGGUGAAUCCGAACAACCCACCGACCCGUCAUUGACCGAAUCUCUCACCGAGAAGAUUAGCGACGCUACAUCUAGCUCCGCGACCCUUGCCCAGAAACAGAAACAACGAGAGAUGAGCAACGCCAGCGUCACAAAGGAGAUCGAAGCGCUCAAGAAGAAGCUUGAUGCCCGCAAGAAGUUGGAGCAGGCCGAUCCCGCUGUGAACAAGGCGAAAGAGGAUGUCGCUAACUGCCUGAGGACUCACGAUAGGCGGCCACUAGACUGCUGGAAAGAGGUGGAGACGUUCAAGAAGGAAGUUGGAAGGCUGGAGAAGGAUUUUGUGGAGAGGACAAUAAGAUGA